GGAACAACCAAUCGCUGCGCUUUUGAUUGCAUAAUUGUUCAUUUCUGCAACCAAUAAUAAGAGACAGAUGCGCGUCGUUUCCGGCGGAUCACUCGUAAGCUUCGUGAACGGCAGCGGGGUCUUCUCUUUUAUAACGGUCGUGGCGGUGGGCAUACCUGGCUUCACGAUUACGACGAAGAAAUCCGGAUAUAUCGUCAAGCAUCGUCGCAUUGAGGGCUUAAUCGAGAGCAUGGACUUACGAAGAUUUUUAUCGAGAGCAUAAGCCCUCCAUUAAUUCAUCUAGAAAGAUUAGAUCGAUUAAGAAAUAACGAGGAAAGAAAUUAUAACCCCUAAGCUAAUCAACAUGUAUCUGUAUAAUUUAACCCUUCAACGUGCCACAGGCAUCACGCAUGCCGUACAUGGCAAUUUCUCCGGCAGUAAAAUGCAAGAGAUUCUCGUUUCUCGCGGCAAGUCAUUAGAAUUGCUGCGACCGGAUCCAAAUACGGGAAAAGUGCAUACCUUGUUGACGGUUGAAGUUUUUGGCAUCAUUCGAUCUCUCAUGGCAUUCCGACAAACUGGUGGAACAAAAGAUUAUAUUAUUGUUGGAUCAGAUUCCGGACGUAUAGUGAUAUUAGAAUAUAUUCCCGCUAAGAAUAUCUUUGAGAAGGUACAGCAGGAAACUUUUGGUAAAAGUGGAUGUAGACGUAUUGUUCCUGGCCAAUAUCUCGCUAUUGAUCCAAAAGGCAGAGCAGUUAUGAUAGGAGCUGUUGAAAAGCAGAAACUUGUAUAUAUUCUCAAUAGAGAUGCUGAGGCUCGUCUAACAAUUUCUUCUCCAUUAGAAGCUCAUAAGAGUAACACUCUGGUGUAUCAUACAGUUGGUGUUGACGUUGGUUUUGAGAAUCCCAUGUUUGCAUGUCUAGAGAUCGAUUAUGAGGAAGCCGACAGUGAUCCCACAGGCGAUGCGGCGGUGAAAACGCAGCAGACGUUGACGCUGUAUGAGCUCGAUCUUGGUCUAAAUCAUGUCGUACGGAAGUAUAGCGAGCCGCUGGAGGAACAUGCAAAUUUUCUUGUAUCUGUACCUGGUGGCAACGAUGGCCCAAGUGGCGUACUCAUUUGCUCUGAGAAUUAUCUCACAUACAAGAAUCUCGGUGAUCAGCACGAUAUACGUUGCCCGAUUCCACGACGUCGCAAUGACUUGGACGAUCCCGAGAGAGGGAUGAUAUUCGUAUGCUCAGCUACGCACAAAACUAAGAGCAUGUUCUUCUUCUUGGCACAGACAGAACAGGGCGAUAUCUUCAAAAUCACUCUUGAAACCGACGAAGAUAUGGUCACAGAGAUUAAACUGAAGUACUUCGAUACGGUGCCCGUGGCGGCGAGUAUGUGCGUUCUAAAGACAGGAUUCCUGUUUGUCGCCUCGGAAUUUGGCAAUCAUUACUUGUAUCAGAUAGCUCAUCUUGGAGAUGACGACGAUGAACCUGAAUUCAGCUCGGCGAUGCCGUUGGAAGAGGGUGAUACUUUCUUCUUUGCCCCACGGCCACUUCGAAAUCUAGUGCUGGUCGAUGAAAUGGAUAGUCUUUCGCCUAUAAUGGCAUGCCAGGUAGCAGAUUUGGCAAAUGAAGAUACGCCGCAGUUGUACAUCGCCUGCGGUCGAGGACCACGGUCCACAUUACGAGUAUUACGUCACGGUCUCGAAGUCUCUGAAAUGGCCGUGAGCGAACUGCCUGGUAACCCAAACGCUGUAUGGACUGUAAAAAGAAGAGUUGAUGAGGAAUAUGAUGCAUACAUCAUAGUGUCCUUCGUGAAUGCCACCCUCGUACUCAGUAUCGGCGAGACUGUCGAGGAAGUGACAGAUUCAGGUUUCCUCGGUACAACACCGACUUUAAGUUGCUCUGCCUUGGGCGAGGACGCCUUAGUUCAGGUAUAUCCCGAUGGUAUACGUCAUAUACGAGCAGAUAAGCGUGUCAACGAAUGGAAAGCACCUGGCAAGAAGACUAUCGUGAAAUGUGCGGUCAAUCAACGUCAAGUGGUGAUUGCCCUCACUGGAGGAGAACUAGUUUACUUCGAAAUGGACCCUACUGGACAAUUAAAUGAAUACACAGAGAGGAAAAAGAUGCCUUCUGAAGUAAUGUGUAUGGCUCUCGGAAAUGUAGCAAUAGGCGAGCAACGCUCCUGGUUUCUGGCUGUCGGUUUACAAGAUAAUACAGUGAGAAUAAUAUCGUUAGAUCCAUCGGAUUGCCUCGCUCCGAGAAGUAUGCAGGCGUUACCAGCAGCUGCAGAAAGUUUAUGCAUUGUGGAAAUGGGAGCUAAGGAGGCUGACAAUUCGGAGGACGCAGCCCCACAGCAAUCUAGUUUAUACCUGAAUAUAGGUUUGCAGAAUGGCGUGCUGCUUAGGACUGUAUUAGAUCCAAUUUCCGGUGAUCUCGCAGAUACAAGAACGCGCUAUCUGGGUUCUCGUCCUGUAAAGCUAUUCAGAAUACGGAUGCAGGGAAAUCAAGCAGUGUUGGCGAUGAGUAGUCGAUCUUGGCUCAGUUAUUAUCACCAGAAUCGUUUUCAUCUAACUCCACUUUCAUAUGAAAGUCUUGAAUUUGCAUCCGGCUUCAGUUCGGAACAAUGUCCGGAGGGUAUCGUUGCUAUAUCGACAAACACAUUGAGGAUUCUUGCGCUUGAGAAACUCGGCGCUGUGUUCAAUCAAGUGAGCUUCCCUCUAGAAUACACGCCGAGAAAAUUCGCGAUUCAUGCCGAUUCCGCCCAUCUAAUUGUUAUUGAGACGGAACACAAUGCUUAUACGGAUGAGACGAAACAGCAGAGAAGGUUACAAAUGGCUGAGGAAAUGCAAGAAGCAGCCGGUGCCGAGGAAGCUGCCGUUGCUCGCGAAUUGGCAGAGGCGUUCUUAACAGAGGAGACAAACGAAGCAGUUUUUGGUGCUCCGCGGGCGGGUCCUGGAUUAUGGGCUUCUUUAUUGAGAAUAAUGGCACCGACUACUGGAGAAACGUUUGAAGCUCAUCGCUUUGAACAAAAUCUGGCUGCAUUAUGUCUUUGUCUAGUAAAAUUUGCCAAUCAAGGCGAUCAGCUGUUUCUCAUUGUCGGAGUUGCAAAGGAAUUUCAAUUGAACCCCAGAGUUAGCAAUGGCGGUUUUCUUUAUACAUACAAAGUAAAUGCGACUUGUACUAGUAUCGAGCUCUUGCACAAAUCCCCGUUGGACGAAGUACCAUUAGCCAUUUGUCCAUAUCAGGGCCGAGUACUGGUUGGUGUAGGUAGGAUGUUACGACUUUAUGACAUGGGUAAAAAGAAAUUAUUACGUAAGUGCGAGAAUAAACACAUACCCAACGCCGUUGUGUCGAUCAAUGCGAUCGGUCAACGGAUUUACGUGAGCGAUGUACAAGAAUCCGUAUACGCCGUACGGUAUAAGCGCCAAGAAAAUCAAUUGAUCGUUUUCGCGGACGACACGCAUCCCAGGUGGAUCACAACGACGUGUGUGUUGGAUUACGAUACCGUCGCCACUGCUGAUAAAUUCGGGAACAUAGCUGUGGUAAGUUAUCACUCUGCCUAUAUCAGCUAUGUUUAAUUAUGCGUUUAAUUAUGAUUUAAUACAUUCUCAUCU